CUUGUCGUCGCCGCGGCUGCCGCCGUCCUCCUCCUUGCGCGCGGCCUCCAUGAGCGACUCCUUGAGGAGCAGCUGCUGCGUCAGGUGGCAAGAGGAUGGACAUGGUGGCCCGGCUGUGCGUCCAUGGAUGAUGACUCCUUGAGGCAACGCUGACGGUGGUGCUUGUGGUGCCCGACGCUGAUGCCAUGCUCGUGGUGCCCAACGCCUGCUGCUUCAGUCAUUCAUUCAGAGGAGUAUCAUAUGCUGAUGUGGAAUUGCAUGUUUUGGAGUCUUGUUUGGAGAGUACUGGAGCUCACCAACUGCAUCUUGACCGGGAUCGAUGCCCUCUUCCUCUUCCAUGUUCAUAUCAUCUUGGAUUGCUGCCUGUUCUGAAGUUGGUGCAAUGGAGCUUGGAGCUCCACCUGCUGGACCUGGAGCCUAUUCAGGACCUGAAGUCAGCGGCGAUCUGCAGUACCUGGAGGUGGAGCUGGCGAGGCCUUGGGAGGGUGGCGGCAAUCUGCAGCAGGGCGCUGGCCUUGGGAUGACGAGGUGGGGGAUCUGCUGGCCCAGGACGAUGAGGGGGAUCUGCUGGCCCAGGAAGAUGGGGAGGAUGGAAGGGGAUCUGUGGGGCGAGAUGGGAGGCGAUGGAGGUGGAGGUGGAGGAUCUGGAGGUGGGGGGCGACAGAGGCGGGGGCGAUGGAGGUGGAGGAUCCAGAGGUGGGGGGCGACGGAGGCAGGCGGAUCUGGAAGACGACCUGGGUGGAGACGAGGAGAGAAUUCAAAACUGGAGGGUAACCUGGUCAUUUCGCUGCUUUUUCACCUGGUCGGAAAAAACCCCAGCGUCAUGUAUUCGGAACGGAGGGAGUAAUACGCACCAUCACGCGUACUACUAUUCGUACAACAAAUUACGUCGAAUAAACAACAAAUUGACUUGCCUGGGUGCCAAGUUGUUCUUGCAAUUCGCAGACGCUCCUACUAUUCCCCGUUGUUUCCGUUUCAUAACGUUCGUUGGAAUACUGAGCCAAUGAAAAACAUAAGUACGUAUUUCUUU